GUUGAUUUGGCACAUCAGCAGCUUCAAAUUCAUGGUUCAAAAGCUAGUGAUGGUACCAUGUUACCAAGCGCAGCAUGGAGAGAUAGAUGUGCCCUUAUAUUAGGGAAGAAAGUAAGUGUUUAGUUUGUAAAAGAAAGUACAAGUGAUGUAAGUUAUUUAUAAAAACAGUCACUAUACCAUACAUACACUACAGUAUAUAUAUUGUUGAUGCCAGAGUACAACACUAAAUAUAACUAAGUGUUUGUCAACCUAAUUUUUGUACAGCACUCAUGUGUAUAGGCCUGCAUGUAUAACUAAUUGCCUUUUAAUCACAUUUUUAUGGUAUUAUACAAUUACUUUUGCAGAGAAAGGCAAUGACAGAGAUAUACAGUGUGGCAGCGUUGCCGGAGAAUGGUUACCAGCUUUUCAAGAGUAUAUGUAGUCAGUAUGAGAAAGGGAGGUUGAAAGAUCAACGGGCCCUUCCUAAAGAUCUGAGAGGAAAGCCUACUCUCAGACCUGCCUAUGUUAGAUGUCUUCAUGGUCUGGAUAAUGUUGACAGAAUUGAGCUGUUAAACAAGGUUAAUAUUAAUAGUAUACUAGGUGUUCUGGAAACCAUUUGCAGUCGAACCCAGAGAUUUGUCUUUGGCAAAUUUGUCAUCAAAAUGCAUGACAAAGUUGCCUCAGCGGACCAUAUAAAUAACCCUUAAUGUAGUUUUGGUAUCUAUGCAGCAGUUGUUAACAUGGAUACAGUAUUUCAUUACAUAAUAAAGGAUGAACUGGUGAUUUGUAAUAUAAAGAGUCGUUGUUUAUAAUAAUUACAAUUGUUUUCAAGGUUGCGAAGGGAGACAUUAGUCUUGAUGAGCUGAAAGUGUUGGCAAAAGAGCUAAAAGCAAUUAGACCUAUCCAAGGGAUAAUCUCUUCUUUCGUUGGAAAACCAUGGGAGAUUAUUGCAAAAGAACUUCCAGAGUGCACAAAAGCAGAACAGUUACUUUGUUUUGCUGUAAGUUGUACAAACCAUAGUACACUAGUGAUGAUAUUUCAAGUUGCUCAAUUAUUGUACUAACUGAAUUAUAUAUGUUUACAAUUUUUUAGGCAUUGUCAAAGGGGUAAUUAUGUAAAGCAGUUUUCACAUUUAUAAUACAAAUAUUUUAUACUUUCAGGGAAAAGAUGCUACACACUGUGUGUUUAAGAGUUAUCUCCAGGAACUCUUGAAGAAAUUGGAGGGCAGCAAUAACGAUGAUACAAUUUUGUCUCCAAACGUAUUUAAGACCGAAGAGAACCACCAAGGAAUCAUUGUCAGAUGCACCCAAGGUCGAUUGAAUGCUGAGCAAAGUGAAUGUUGUCAAAGAGACAGUGCUGGCUAUGCAAUGGCGCUUUAUGUUUUGGAAGAUAUCUAUGGAAAUGAUACUGAGGUAAUAAACGUACUUGCAAUUGUGGCUUCUUGCGUGGGAAAACUCUAAAGUAAUUACCACACGCAAUCACUAUCGUCAAAGACUGCAUAGAAGCGUGGCAUAUAAAUAUGAGUAAUCAUGCUUUGAAUAAGGAUGGUGGAUACAUGAAACUGUUUUUCAUGCUGUUGGUCUGUGGUUGGGAAACAAUUUAAGACAAUUUCAAAUAUUUCGAAUUUUUUUUACUUACUGAAUGAUCUUAAUUUCUAAUGUUAUAGAAGUUGUCUAACCUUUUACAAAAGGUUGUAUGCCUUGUUGAAAGGACCAACUUUGGAGUCAGGCAGACUUACAACUUGGUCCUGAUCGGCGACGUAGAAACUGUUGUUCAGUGUAAAAAAUGGUUCAACAAAAACAGAAGUAAAAAUGUCGAAAUGGGAUUUCUUCACUGUGAUAAUGUCAAACCAUCAGGUACAGUAUUUAUAGUAUUUGACCGAUUGACUGACAAUGGCCCAAAUGUGUCUGACUUUAUUUUUUACUUUGUUUAACACCAGGUAAUUUUAGUUGUCAAUGUGUCACAGUGCGUCCGGGAGCUGAAUGUGCUAACAUUCUCUGUCUGUGAAUCUCUCUUGUUAAACCAUUGACUGGCAAUGCGCCCCACUUUAUUCGUGAAGUUGUGGAUUGCACUGUGUCUAAUAUUUUACCUUUGGUUUAGGGAACCUUGGUAUGGUGCAGUCAGUUAGCGGUUUUAUGGUGUACCAUGCUUCUGUUGGCGAUAGAUUACUGCCUGACCAUUUAAACUUUGGUGACAGUUGUCCAUCCAACUUACUAAAUCUAGGACAGAGAAGUGAAUGUGAUUGGCUAAAAGAUCUGAUAGGAAUGUUUAGCCAUGAAGGUGACUGGGUCUUGGAUAUUAACUCUUCACAAGGUAAGCAUAGUAAUUAAUGCCUGUUGAUAUAUAUAUAUAUAUAUAUAUAUAUAUAUAUAUAUAUAUAUAUAUAUAUAUAUAUAUAUAUAUAUAUAUAUAUAUAUAUAUAUAUAUAUAUACAUAUAUACAUAUAUACAUAUAUAUAUAUAUAUAUAUAUAUAUAUGCAUGCAUGCAUGCAUGCAUGCAUGCAAAGCACCCAAUUGUUUACAAACACAGUCUAAUAUCUUGUAUUUGUAACUUAUUACAGGCAAUGCAGUUGUUGCUGCAGUUGGUAUAAAGCGAAACGGUCUUUAUAUGGCCGAGUCUGAUAAUGAAGAAUUCCUCACGAAAAGAAAUUUCAGAAAGCUCAUGGAGGGCAAGUAG